GAGAGAAUCUUUCGCCUUUUCAAACUCCAGUGCUGGUCGUGCUCGGCACUCGAUGAUUUGCUGCUGCUCGCGACGGACUGACCGCGUGGUUGGGUUUUCUUUGCUUUGAUUUAUCGUCGCUUUUCGGUGGAAAUUGAUGUGUCUUGUAGGGAAUUGAAUUGCGGGUUUUCGAGUCACGUUUAACGAUCUCAGAGACGAUUUUUGAGGAAGUCUCUAGCUUUGGGUUGUGUACGACCCUUUUCAGACCUUCGGUAUGAGUUUGCAGCGUCCGUCGGAACGAAAUCUUUCGUGAGAAGCUGAGUUGCUUUCCUGCGAGGGGAUUGAACGCUUGAUUUUAGGCCUGUGUGUCGUUCUGCUCACGCGAUACUCAGCAGCUUAGAGGAACUUCUGUCAUCGGGUGUUGCUUCCUUCGACAGAAAAUUGUGCCGAGACUGACAAUCGGAAUAACUAUUCUCCUGUACACAAUCGUCAUCUCCCGCAUCACGUCGUUGUAUAGACGUGAGAGGGUUUGGUCGAGUGUCCAUCGUGCGUCCGUCAAGUACCGGGCUCUGAGAGCUGACCAGCGUCUCGCUGCAUUCUCGGCGCCAUGGGCUGUGUCUAAUAUUAGACGCGAAGAGCGCAGGCGCUGGCGAAUUUGAAUUUGGAUCACGUUGGUCGAGCGAAGUUUAUGCAUGUCGUCUGCGUUCGAACGUUUCCUAUCGUCACACACGAUGGUUCCUCGUUCAAACAAUUUGACGAUGAUUGGUGACGCAGAAUAAUCCUUCGAGAGUGCUCUGAUCAUGCGAACCUGUUUAGUCUGGUGCCAUUCAUUGUCAUAAUGUGUAAUUAUGUUGGUUACGUGGGAGUAGGCACGGCUCACCUGCUUUCCUGCCGUUGUAGUGGAGCAAGAGCAAAUGCUGUACGGAUCUUCUGUGCUACGUAUGGGUCUAUAUCUAGAGAAUGGAUGAAACCGCGUGCUUCAUGUCAGUUCUUUUACUAUUUCUCAUCCGUCGAAGAGCAGCUUUGUCGCCAAGCAUUUUGCCUGCAUUGGCUUUCUCCCGUGUAGAGAGCAACUCGGACUUGCGAUCAGUCAUGCCGCGGCGCGAGUCUCUCGCUCCAAUAGAGCUGAAACAGUCUCAGGCGGUGCCGAGGCGCCAGUCUCUGGUUCCCAAAGCAGUGAAGAAAACACCAGUGGUCAGGCAGUCAGGUAACAGCGCCGACUCGCCAGUGAGAGCCCCGGUAAGAGCUGUGGCGAGCAGUGCGGCUAUUACCACUCCGACAAGACCAGCUGCAGAUGUCGAACCUCCUGCUGAGAUCCGCUGCAUUGUGGACAAGACUGCUCAAUUCGUCGCCCAAAAUGGGCUCGAGUUUGAGCAGAAGAUUCUCUCUAACGAGAAGAGAAAUCCCAAGUUCAACUUUCUGAAGUCCAAGGAUGCCUACCAUUCAUAUUACCAGCGUAGAAUCCUGGAGUUCAUUGAUCAGGGUCCGUCUCCUCAGGUGGAAAUCGAUCAGGUUGUCGAUACUCAUGUUGUAGGUGAGUAAAGAGUAGGUUGGUUGUUCUCAGUCCAACCACUCAACAGAACUGCAAGAGAUUACACAUGUGAGUUUAAGCGUAUUGGAGCUGUAUGUUUGGAGCUGAGUCUUUGUUCUAUUUCAAGAAAAGCUUGCCCUAAGUCAGUAACAGUCUCAACACUUAUCACGAUUUCAGCAUUUGCAUGUGUGAGAGCUAUUCUUUGUUCUACAAGGGAUGAAUCUCGCCCUCAGGUCGGUCGGACUUUCUACAUGCAAGUGCGAGGUCCUACUACUGAACAGAGCUGGCUUCCGAUUGACAAGCUGGUCUUCAUCUCUCUUCAUCUUGCGGGAAAUACAAGAUAUGUGUAAAUAGGUGGUCUGUCUCAAGACUGACUCCCAUGAAACACUUGGCACGAAGGCAGGCCACCAUGAGUUCUCUCUAGCUUCAUCUACAACUCUUUGCAGCUUAUCCUGCUGGGCAUGUUUAUGUAGUUUUCUGUAUUAAUUUUGAGUUCAUGAGGGAUCCAGUGAGAACCUCAAGCUACUGUGGGCUUGAUCACUCAUACCAGGUAAGUGCUGUGAAGAGAGACUUUUGCUAGUCCGCGAUAUACGUCGUUCUUCACCCUUCAAUUUUCAAGAGGACUUAGCUGCUGCUAGAGGAGAAUAUGUCACUAGAAUAGCACGCUCGAUACUUUGUGCUUAGCAUUUGUCUAUCAGAAAGUUCUAAUGCGAAGAUCACUAGUCAGUUAGUUUACUGACUUUGUUUAUUACUUGCAAGAAGGGAACUGGAGGUGAAUUG